UCAACACAAUGGCCGAAUCACCCGAUGAACCUACUGUCUCGGCGCCUGCAGCGCCUACAGAAUCCCCGGCGCAGGAAAAAGCACGGCUGCGGCGUGAGCGACGCGCAGCAAAGAUUCAGGCAGGCGGGGCUUCACGCUUGCAAGCAAUCACUCAGCUGCAAGGCGGCUCCCAUCGAGAUGUAGAGAAGGAUGUACCGGUCAAGCCUUCACCAACAGGCUCUCCACAGCCUGGACCCACCGCCGCCGGAACAGCAACCCCAGACCCCGAGGAAAUUGACAUAUCGCAACACCACUACACCCCAGCUUCGCAGCCCCGCCUCCCGUCGCCAUUCGCCUUCGACGGCAAUGCCACACCCCCAUUCCCAAUGGGCCAACCUCCCGAUUUCCAGAACGACCCCAGCAUGGCUAUGCUGCAGCAGCUGAUGGGAGGAGGAGGAGCAGGCGGCAUGCCAGGCCAGCCAGGCGAACCUCCAGGCGAUCUUCCUCCGGGCCUUGCGAAUCUGUUCUCCGCCAUGCAGGGCGGCGGUGCCGCACCAGCGCCCCCGCCAGAGCAAUCCUCGGCCUGGAUAUGGCGCCUCGUGCACUCGCUCUUCUCGCUCGGCCUCGCCACCUGGAUCGUGCUCCAAACGCCCUUCACCGGCUCAAAAACCUCGCGCACAUCGACCGCUGAGGAAGACUGGACGGCGGAUAGCACAUCCUCGGAAACCUUUGCGCACUUCUUCUACCUCUUCGCCACCUUCGAAGUGGUUAUGCAGACAUCACGGUACUUCAUUGAGAAAGGGCAGCUACAGGGAAGCGGCAUUCUCUCCAGCAUCGCACAGAUGCUGCCGGAACCAUAUGCGGGGUACGUGAGGGUCGUCGGGCGGUACAGCGUGAUCUACAGCACGGUUGUGAGCGAUGCCAUGGUGGUAGUGUUCGUGCUCGGUGCGGCGAGCUGGUGGAGAGGCGGUGUUGUCGCCUAAGCCCAGCAUGCGGGUUGUGCCUACUGUUGAGGGCUUCGGGAGGUACCUGCGAGUAGCCGCCUUGGCUCAAGUAACAGUAUUACUAUUUGCAAGUCAUUUGACGGCUCGCACAUGCGCGCCCGGGGGAACGUUGCACGUGCCCGAAUUGUCCAAGAACCGUACGCGCGACUUUCAACGUAUACGGCUCGAGCAUCUAUUGAACCCGUAUGCUGCGCACUACCGUGGCUUAUGCUGGCUUGUGUGGGGUGCAGAUAGCCGGACGGGUAGGUACAGUGAUCGGUGUGCAUUCGAGUGUCUCAGUUCCGUACACUGAUCGGUGUGCUGUUGAAUGCCCAUGGGAGUACGGCUUGGCUGCACAGCACGUUCACUUCAACUCCACGAAGCUCUCGUUCCGAGUGCUUGUCGAAAGGGAGGUUUAGUCUCACCAAGACUUUUCCUUGGCCGGCCCGUAAGGAGAGA